AUGGCCGAAACUAGAUAUGUUGACCGUCCGAUCCCCCAAAUCUCCCUCCACGACUUCGACAAUCGCAUCGAUCAAAUCACCAGCGAAUUAGUCGACGCUGCGCAAAAUGUCGGAUUCUUCACUCUAAUCGACCACGGGCUUACCAAAGAAGACAUCGAGUCCAUGUUCAUGACAUCUAAGAGUUUCUUUGAGCUCCCGGACGAGACAAAGAAGACAGUACCCUGGAACAAGAACAACGUGGGAUGGGAGAAGAACUCACAGAUCAGACCAUCGACCGGAAAGCCUGACAGCAAGGAAUCCUAUCAACUGCAAUAUGGAGAAAAUAUGGAGGGGUUAUGGGUGGCAGAUGAGCAUCUCGCAGGGUUCCAAUCUACUUCCCUGGAGUUCAUGCACCGUGUGCAAGGGAUCUCAGAGAGACUAAUGCGCUGCUUCGCUCGCGGUCUGGGAUUUGCCGACGACUUCUUCAUCAAGUGUCAUGAUGUAGCACGACCGGACUCUCAAACCACCAUGCGACUACUUCAUUACUUUGCUCUGCCGGAGGAAUCGGACGGCAAAGUGUAUCAUCGCGCUGGGGCACAUGCCGAUUGGGAUUUCUUGACUCUACUCUUCCAGAAGGAGGGGCAGAGUGGGCUGGAGAUAUGUCCGGGGCGCGAGUCGGUCACGGAGUUUGGUAUUGGGGACGAGUGGACUAAGGUGGAGGCGAAGACGGGGGAGAUCGUGUGCAAUAUUGGAGACUUACUCAUGUCAUGGUCGGACGAUCGUUUCAAGUCCACUUUCCAUCGGGUCAAGGCGCCUUGUGGGCCGGGUGAUUAUUUUGGGGAUAGGUACAGCAUCGCUUAUUUCAAUCAGCCCUGCAAGGAUGCGUUGAUCCAAGGGCCUUUGAAGAAAUAUCCAAUGGUGACCGGGGCUCAAUUUACCGAGAGUGCGAUGAAGAGAAAUUUUGCUGCGUUGCAGGAAAAGCUGAAGACGGUCGCUGCGGCAUGA